AAGAUGUGUGUUAAUGCGUUUGGUGGUAAAGAGUGGGCUGGGCGCUCAUGUGACUGAAGGGUGAAACAUGCAGAACAUUGAUUUCUUCAGUGUCUCUAUGACAGACAAGUCAUAUAUUUUAAGGAUCAAUCACCACAACAAUCGAGUGUACAGACGAUAUGAUGUAUGGAGAGACUUUCCACAAGGACUUUAAUUCCAGCUAUGAUUAUGACAUGAACUACACAUAUGUGGAUUAUCCUUUGAUUACAUUAGAGGAAGAGAAUUUUUCACUGGCGAUGAUCAAUGCCAUUUGCUACAGUCUCAUCAUCUGCAUCAGUCUACCAGGAAAUAGCUUUUUGCUUUGGGUGGUCUUGAAGAAGGUGGGUUUGAGCAGCUCUGCUGACUGCUUGCUCCUCCAUCUGACAGUGUCCAACUUCAUCUUCACCUUCACAUUGGUGCCCUGGACCAUUACUCACAUCUGGGGAUGGAUCUUUGGGAAAAUGGCCUGCAGGCUGUUCAGCUGGUUCAUCUUCUUGGGCCUUUACAGUUACAUGAUGUUCCUCACAGUUAUGACUGUCCAUCGAUAUGUGGCGGUCGUGUAUCCGGUGUUCGCUUCGUCUGUAGGCAGUCGUAGCAGACUGUACACGCACGUCUCAUCUGCUGCGGUGUGGUUGAUCUCGGUGGGCUUCAGCCUGCCUGAAAUGAUCUUCUCUGAUACGAAGGACAGUUCUAAUGGUGUCUUUUGCAUUCACAUUUACAACUCAAUUUUUAUGGAGUUAUUUGGAUAUUUCACUCAGAUAAUUCUGUUUUUCCUGCUGCCAUUCUUGGUUAUCGCGUUCUGCUACACCCGAAUGGGAUUUACAAUCCAUCAGAGCCGCAUCAGAAGCAGAAACCAUGCUGCAUGUAUCACCCUAAGCAUCGCCGUGGGAUUCUUCAUCUGCUGGGCGCCAUAUAACAUCUUCCUCUUCCUCUUUUCCUUGAAGUCUUUAGGCGUCCCUGCAUUCAGGCAGACAGUGUGGGAAAACGCUGGGGAGAACACCUACAGUAUCACGCAUAUUCUAGCGUAUUCCCACUGCUGUCUGAACCCGCUCGUCCACAUCUUUGGAGGGAAGAAGUUCAGGAGCUUCCUGCCAUGGACCAGAGGCUUUCGUCGGCUCCCACAGAGGUUCAGCACUCAAACGUUCAGCAAUCAGAGCAGCUUCUCAGGGCAGUUUCAUCUCUGAAGUCAAGGUCAAGUGUCAUGAUAUCAUGAGGUGUGUUCGACUUCAUGAGGCGCAUGCUGGUUAGAUUUUUUGUCCGACUUGAGAUGGUGCCAAUGCCACGUCAUGAUACACUUCCAAAAGGGGGGUUUGCAGUGAUGCCACAGAAGAACCAUUUUUGGUUCCCCAAAGAAACUUUCAACGAACAGUUCUUAAAGGAAUAGUUCUCCCAAAAAAAUAUAAAUUCUGUCAUCAUUUACUCACCCUCAAGUUGUUCCAAACCUAUAUGAGUUUCUUUCUUCUGUUGAACACAAAAGAAGAUAUUUUGAAGAAUGUUGGUAGCCAGACAGUUGACGGUAGCCAAUGACUUCCAUAGUAUUUUUUCCUACUAUGGAAGUCAAUGGCUACCAUCAACUGUUGAUUACCAACAUUCUUCAAAAUAUCUUCUUUUUAGUUUGGGGGGUGAGUAAAUGAUGACAAAAUUUAAAUUUUUGGGUGAACACUUUAUUUAGUGUGGGCUAUCAGCAUUAUAACAGCUAAAAACUCUUUGUAAUCUUAAUGUUACAUUGUGUCAUGUUUAUCAAAAUAAAACUGAAAAAAUAUAGACCUAA